AAUUUAAAAAAACCCAGGACGUUUGCCAUACAAUGUAAAUAUUGUCUUCGCAAUAAAAAAGAUUUGAUUUGAUUUGCAUUACAAAUUUUAACUUUAAUUAGCUACCAAAUCUGAUAGAGAGAUCUCAUACCAUUAAAGACCUCAGUUUAGUGCCAUUUAUUCUUCUUUUUAAAAUACCUUUAAAAUAAGGGAUAAUUUGGUUCCUAUUUAAAAAUUGUGAACUUACCUGUAAACUACCCAUUAAAGCGGGACAGGUCAAUAAUAUUUAUACAUAAAAACUCAUCAGUAGGUCAUAUAAACAUGCCUCGAAGUAAAUCAUUUCCUCUCUAGUAAUUACAAACUUAAUAGAGGAGGGAGUGUUGACUUUAAAUACAUCCUUUAUAAAAGCCUACGUAAUUUAAUUCCUGUUAGAGAGAUUCUGCCGCCCGGGAGACAGUGUUCAGUUGCAUGUUACUGAUGGUUGACGUGUCCCACUCACUAGAGGAGGAGCGGUUCCGCAUCGACAUGGUGAACUGUGAGCCUCGCUUCUGUUGUCUCGCUUGUUCCCGACACUACCGCAGCAAGGGAGAUCUGCGCCGCCAUCUUCGCUAUGAGUGCGGCAAGGAGCCGCAGUUCGCUUGUAGCCUGUGCUCCUACAAGGCCAAGCGGAACUCCUCUCUCCAGUCUCACAUGAUCUUCAAACACAGGACUGUCGGCAAGAAGAAGUCCGAUUCCGCUGGAUGGACCGAGAAAUAGAGGUAGGUAACAGCCCGAAGCACUUGUGCGGCAUGUGCGGACGAGCCUACAAGCACAAACAGCACCUGAACCGGCAUCUUCGCUACGAAUGCGGCAAAGAGGCACAGUUCGCUUGUCCCCACUGUCCGUACAAGUCGCGCCAGAAGGAACCCCUCAAAGUCCACAUGAUCACCAAGCACGGAAAAAAUAAUUUUCAGCUUUAAUUAGUGGCUUUAUGUUUUAUUUAAUAUAUUAAUUAGUUUCA